GGCACCAGAAGCCAGCGACCGUGGUGACCGCGUCUACAUCAAUCCCGAUAUCUGGAGCGAUUACCGUACUUCGCGAGGCUAUAGGAGGCGCCCCUGAACCGAGACCACCGCCCGAGGGAAUGCUGUUGUCUCCCGUCGGUCCUCCCCGCCUCCCCAGCUCGGCCAGCUCCUUCCCCACCGCCGACGCCGUCGUCCCGCCGUUGUCGUUACGGUCUCCGACGGCGCCGCCAUGUCUCUGAGCUCCAAGAACACGGACGGCUCGCCGCGCAGCGGUGGCAGCUGGCAGCCGGGUCUCCCGCCGCGGGAAUUCGUGCGCCGGGUGCCUCUGCCGCAGGUGGUGCGCAUCGCCGAGCGCGUCCACUCACCCUCCAGCCUGGACCUGAGCCAGCCGCUGGUUCUCUAUGGCGCCUACCGGUGCCGCAAGGUGCACGCGCGCUCCCUGGCGCCCGACGCGCGCAGCUCGGGCCUCAGCACUACGGGCCCACCGCUCGUCAUACCGGACAGCUACGCCGGCUGGUUCGCCAUAAUCUCGGAGGACGGCCACACGGCCGGCUACUUCAGCUGCCUGGAACAGGUGGCCAUGGCGCAGGUGUCCCACUUCCUGGCCAGGGAGCCUCUGCAGGGUUACCGCCUGCUGGGACACAGCCACGAGACAGGGAGGGCCGAGUACAGCCGCACCGUGGUUUUACCCGGCCAGGUUCUCGGCUUCCUGGGAGUGUACGAGGACGUGAACAUCCGGGCCACGUGCGUGGGCAUGCUGCGUCCGGCGCCAGCCGAGUGCCGCUACGCCAAGUGCUGCCACGCGGCCACGGGAGACGUGGUGUUCGUGCCGCUCGCCUCGCGCGGGAAAUUCUACUCCGUGGCUCGCCGAUCGUCCCGCUCGCCCAACCACGUGUUCCCGCUGGCGCAGCUGCUUCGCUUCGCCCGGGUGCCGCUCACCGUGCGACUCGUGUGCGGUCCGCUGCUGCGCACGCCCACCGGCUUCACGGGAAUACUCAGGCUCGAGCACGUACAGGAACAAGAGGUUGUGCUCGCCUGCAGCCUCCAAGAAGGCCGGCCAACUCUGCUCGAAAUCGACAUGGGCUCGACCUUCUCCUUCGUACCGGAGCGCGACUCGCGCAAGAUGGGCAAGUCGAGCCAGCUGUACAACCGCAUGCUACGUCACUGCCUCGAGGAAGCCGACAGGUGGCGCAGCGAGAUCAAGGUGGCGCAUCACGUCGUCCCCAAACACCAACUACAGGCGCCGGGCGGCCGCGCAACGGCCCUCAAGAAGUCCAUGUCUUCGGCGAGCAAGAAGUCAGCCUGCUCGUUCGCCGACAUGCCCCCGUCCUCGGGCGUGCCCACGCUCAAGUCCCAGAUGUCCACGUCGUCUAAAAAGUCCUCCGCGUCUUCGACGUCCAGCAACCCGUUCAAGAAGCUCUGGUCCCUCCACAGGUCGGCCUCCUCGAAAAAGGCCAGCGGGCCGCCGAAGUACGCCUCCGGCGACGGCUCCGAGACGGCCGACGAGUUCGAGAAGCUCGGAGGCUUCCGGACCGUGGGACCGAAUGCGUCCACCAGACUGUUCGCGUCCACGACGGACCACAUAUACGAGUCCAUACCGAGGCCUCGGGCUACCAGGACGCCCCGGUACCUGAUGGCCAGGGACGUGCUUCCCAUCAAGGCAUCCAAGGACUUCGAGCCAGCGGGUGACGACGGCUAUGGGACGUCGCACAUGGACAGUGACUCCGUCUACGACUCCAUUUCAUAGCCUCCCUCCACCGGUUGCUACAACUUGCUGGACCUUUCCUUACUCCUUGGUGCUUGCUUGCCUGGACGACCCGUGACGGACAAUGUGGCCUGACGGCAGAACUCUUCUGGCCGAUUCCGAGAAUGGCGCUUUGGAGUCGCGAGUGUCUGUGAAAAUCAAGCACUAGUGCUGAACAGAACUGCCUUCAGCAUCUAACGCUUGCUGUGCAGUGGGGUUAGAUAAGACGUCCGUACACGGACGUGUUUGUGCAACUCUCUGCUUCUUUUCCCAGUUUCUGCGUCAUCAAAGAAGUGUCGCGCGACAGACGGUGGAUCAAAGCGCGUUAGCUCUGUGAACGUACGCGUGACACAAGAAAGUCACCGCUGGAGAAGAUUACAAGGCUGUCUAGCCGUCAUCGUGGUGCUUGAACGUUAGAUCAUGCAUGGCGCAUGGACUAUCUGUGCAUAGGACAGAGAACUGUCGCAGAUUCGUUUGUACACAAAGAAUUCCCCUUCACGCGCCAGCGAGAUUGACUGUAAGAACUUUGUGAUGUGUUGGAAAACCUCCAGUUGGGACAACGCUGCAGUUCCAAGUUCUCAGAGCUCUUUCAACCUCAGUGCAUUGAGACUGAGGCCUACAGAGAUACUAAGAUACUCUACACAAUGACAUGUGAAUUGUGACAUUUGGGACAGCGCGUUUGUUUCAAUACUGAGUACAUUCGUACGGUUGCAAACCUGUUACGGAUACACGCGAGAAUACGGUACGUGUUGCGUGCAACUGCAAAUAUGCUGCCUUAGUGUGUGGCCACCAAGACUACAGUAGGCCCCACUAUUAGAAGUCAUAUCUUGUUUUAUAGUGAAGGUUUCUUUAGCAGCUUGAAAAUUAUAACAUAAAGUACUGAUAUUUUGUCCAACUUCAGCAUUUUUGCUCGCUACUUUCCGACGUUUAGAAAGGACUCUACCAAUUUGUAGAGUGGGUGAACUAGUUCAACAUGCUCAAGCUUAACCAGCACGGGAAAAAAAAAAAUAAGGACAUGAGAAAUAAACGCAGCUUAGGCCUCAUUUAAGGUCCAUCUCCUGGCUCGAAUGUUUCAUAUCUACCAACCUAGAAAAUUC